AUGGCCCAAGAUGGUGCCAAGGAUCCGCUGCUCAUAAAAAGGAAACACCAACGCAAACACGUUGCCUCCACACACAGUUAUCCUCAACAAAAUCAACCAUCAAUCUCACAAGUCGAACUUAGUUUAAAGCAAGUCGCGACUUUCUUGAUUGCUUACCUAGCUGUAGGAACCAUCUGCUUUUUCCUGGUUCAGGAUCAGAUCAACGGUAGGAAAACGAAUGGAAUCCUGGACGCCAUGUAUUUCUGCGUUGUCACAAUGACGACGGUUGGCUAUGGUGAUUUAGUCCCACAAACCAAUUUCGCAAAGCUUUUGGCUUGCGUUUUUGUGUUUACGGGCAUGGGUCUUGGUGGGUUUGCUCUUAGUAAAGCAGCAGACUAUAUAGUGGAGAAAGAAGAAAUUUUGUUUGUAAAAGCUAUACACAUUCAUGAAACAUGUGGUCCCAAGGAGAUCUUAGACGAGACCGAAAGAUAUAGAGUCAAGUACAAGUUUCUAACUGUUCUAACGCUUAUUGUCUUCCUCGUAAUCGUUGGAACAUUGUUCUUAACUCUAGUUGAAAAUCUAAGUGUGUUUGAUGCCUUUUAUUGUGUUUGUGCCACCAUAACCACACUGGGUUAUGGGGAUAAGAGUUUUUCGAGCCAAGGAGGUCGAUUGUUUGCUGUUUUCUGGAUAUUAAUGAGUACCAUAUCAUUAGCACAACUAUUUGUGUAUUUGGUAGAACUGUGGACUGAAAGUAGACGAAGAAAGCUUGUGGAUUGGGUACUUCACAGGAAAUUGACGAUUCAAGAUCUUGAGAAAGCUGAUCUUGACCAUGAUAAAAGUGUCAGCCCUGCGGAAUAUAUUGUGUAUAAGCUGAAAGAGAUGGGGUUGGUAAGUGAACAAGAUAUCAUGAAUGUGAUGGAAGAGUUCAACAAUCUGGAUGUUCAUCACAAGGGAAAAUUGACAGCAAAUGAUAUAUAG